GCAGCAGUAACAUUCUCCUCUUCCAUGCCUCUCGCCCUAGAUCCUCGAUUCACACAGAGUUCCCACUUGCUCCUUUUCUACCCAUUUUCGAGCACGUGUGCAUGUCGCGUCAAGUCGGGCAGCGUGAUAUCCGCUUAGCCUGUGAACUUCAAUAAGGUCCAAUAGCUUGAAAGUUAUCAUGUUGCCUGUUUGCACUACGAUGGUAGGACAAAGAAGCCAUUCUGAAGCGGCUGCGGACUAUCCGAGCUAGAACCGACGCAUGCGGUUAGCACGAGCUAGAAUCGGCUGCCGACUAUCCGUUACGACGUUAAAUCGCUUAUUCCUAAUAGUUUCGCGUAAGCUUUUGGUUUAGCUCAUUCCCAAUGGGAGCGUGCUACAGUAGUCAUGCCAGUCGUCACAACGAGCAUAAAGCCGGACUUCUUUUGCCUUGCUUUCUAGCAGGGGGGUCUUCCGAGAUAGAGCCAGCUAGUAACUAUGACGACACCGCGUCGAACGCGUCGUUCGCGAGCGACCUGCGGCGCUUCACGUACCGCGAGCUGCAGGCGGCGACGGGGCGGUUCCGCAGCAGCAACGUGCUGGGCGAGGGCAGCUUCGGCAAGGUGUACCGCGGCACCAUGCCCGACUGGCUCGGCGAGCUGCCGCGCGGACAGAAGCGCAAGGUGGCGAUCAAAGUGCUGGCCGCUGAUAGCUUCCAGGGCUUUGGCGAGUGGAUGUCGGAGGUGCUGCUGCUGGGGCGGCUGAGCCACCCCAACCUGGUGCGGCUGCUGGGCUACAGCACGGAGAGGGAAGAGGCCAUCCUCGUUUAUGAGCUCCUCGAUAACGGCAGCCUUGACGCCUGGCUCUUCCACGACGAGUCCACCAGCAGCAGCAGCCGCAGCCGGCGCGCGCUGACGUGGGAGGAGCGGGUGCGCAUCGCGCUGGACGCGACGAUGGGGCUCGCGCACCUGCACGCGGAGAACAUCAUCCACCGCGACUUCAAGUCCUGCAACAUCCUGCUGGACAAGAGCAUGCGCGCGAAGCUGACGGACUUUGGCAUGGCCACGGUGGGCCCUGAGGCGGGGCAGACACACGUGUCCACGCGGGUGCUGGGCACCAUGGGGUACCUCGACCCCAAGUACAUGGAGACAGGCCACCUGACCCCCAAGAGUGACAUCUACGCCCUCGGAGUCGUCUACCUCGAGCUCCUCACGGGCCGCCCCCCCUCAGGCGAGGACGAGGACGCCAACGGGGAGGGCGGCCUGACAGCCUGGAUUCGGCCACACAUUUCGGCACGACGCCCGGAUCUGGACAUCAUCCUAGAUCCACGGUUGGGGGAUCAAUUCUCACGGGUGGGUGCGCAGAAGCUGCUGGUGCUGGCGAAGCACUGCAUCAACGAGGACCCCGUGGCGCGCCCGCAGAUCCAGGACUUAGUUAAAACAAUGCAACACAUCGUUGCCAUCGGGCACUCUCGGAGUGAGUCCAGUGGGUCGACAAUUUCAACACACAGCAGAUCAGCGUCGCUUGUGUCUGCUGCGUCGGGGGGCCACAGCCGAUCGGCAUCAGCAGCGUCUGCUACUGAGGGUACAGCGAAUAGCACCGCGGAAAGGAACGGCGUUGUUGACGCUGGCAGCAGGCGCAGUGGGGAGGGGCGAAACUCGUGGCGGUCGCUGUCACGAGGGGAUGGCCGUGAAGGGAGUGACAGAAGUGUAGAGCAUGGGAUCGAUGACGGGUCAUAUGUAAAUGCAGGCAAGGUGGUGUUCCAAGAAGCUGCUCCUAGAUGACGCCUGUAGCUGCGUUUAAAAGCAGUAUGCUCGCAAUGCUGUAUUGGUGUGUUGCUAGUAGUAUUUGCAUUCAUGGAAAUAAAUGUGAAUAUCCCCC